AUGCAGAGGCGCGCAGCCUCAGAGCUGCUCGAGGUCUGGCGAGGUGCGCCCCAGGGCAGCUCCUCCCUGCAGUCUGGCCUUGUCAACCUGGGCCAGGACCCCCGCCCUUCCCGAUUCACCUACAUUUCUACAUCAGUGCGGUCCACGGAGGGGCCGCCCCCAGCCCCGCGGGCAGCUCCAGACCCGCGGCCGGAGCAGGAACGGGGGCGGCGCCGGGACCAGCACUCGCCCUCCCCGGGUCCUCCUGGGCGUGGGGCCGCCGGCGCCGGGGAGGGUCUGCGGCUUCGGAAACUCGCCGCCUCCCUCCUUCCUGAAGGGAGCCCUUCAGCGCGGCCCGCACCCCCGCGCGCACACUCGGGUCGGGUCGGCGCGGGCGGAGAAGAGAGCGUCUUUCUCUCCAGCUCAAAGCGGCGAGUGUGCGGGCGCCAGGCCCGGGAUAAUUUUAACCCGCGGCUGGAGGGACGCGCCGCCCGGCGCGAGGCAGGGCAGGGGGAGCCCCCGCCGCCCAGACGUCGCGCAGCCAUGGCCCGGGCACCCGCGCUCGCCCCGCUCCUGCCCCGGCUCCUGCCCCCGCUCCUGCUCCUGCUCGCGCAGCUCCUGGUGGCCGCCGGGGCACAGAAAGUGGGACUCCCAGGCCCCCCCGGCCCCCAAGGGCCACCCGGAAAGCCCGGCCAGGAUGGCAUCGAUGGAGAAGCCGGUCCUCCAGGUCUGCCUGGGCCUCCGGGACCAAAGGGGGCCCCAGGAAAGCCGGGGAAACCAGGAGAGGCCGGGCUGCCGGGACUGCCGGGUGUGGACGGUCUGACCGGGAGAGAUGGACCCCCUGGACCCAAGGGUGCCCCUGGGGAACGAGGAAGUCUGGGACCCCCGGGGCCACCUGGGCUGGGGGGCAAAGGCCUCCCUGGACCCCCCGGAGAGGCAGGAGUCAGUGGCCCCCCAGGUGGGAUCGGCCUCCGAGGCCCCCCGGGACCUUCUGGGCUCCCCGGCCUCCCUGGCCCCCCAGGACCUCCCGGACCCCCUGGACACCCAGGAGUCCUCCCUGAAGGUGCUGCUGACCUCCAGUGCCCGAGUAUCUGCCCGCCAGGCCCCCCAGGGCCCCCAGGAAUGCCAGGGUUCAAGGGACCCACUGGCUACAAAGGCGAGCAGGGGGAAGUAGGCAAGGACGGCGAGAAGGGUGACCCCGGCCCCCCUGGGCCCGCCGGCCUCCCGGGCAGCGUGGGGCUGCAGGGCCCCCGGGGAUUACGAGGACUGCCAGGGCCACUCGGGCCCCCUGGGGACCGGGGUCCCAUUGGGUUCCGAGGGCCGCCUGGGAUCCCAGGAGCGCCCGGGAAGGCGGGUGACCGAGGCGAGAGGGGCCCAGAAGGAUUCCGUGGCCCCAAGGGUGACCUCGGCAGACCUGGUCCCAAGGGAACCCCCGGAGUGGCUGGGCCAGGUGGAGAGCCGGGCAUGCCAGGCAAGGACGGCCGGAAUGGCGUGCCAGGACUUGAUGGCCAGAAGGGAGAGGCUGGUCGCAACGGUGCUCCGGGAGAGAAGGGCCCCAACGGGUUGCCAGGCCUCCCCGGACGAGCAGGCUCCAAAGGCGAGAAGGGAGAACGGGGCAGAGCUGGGGAGCUGGGUGAGGCCGGCCCCUCCGGAGAGCCAGGUGUCCCCGGAGACGCUGGCAUGCCCGGGGAGCGCGGCGAGGCUGGCCACAGGGGCUCAGCGGGGGCCCUUGGCCCACAAGGCCCUCCCGGAGCCCCUGGCAUCCGAGGCUUCCAGGGCCGGAAGGGCAGCAUGGGAGACCCUGGCCUUCCAGGCCCCCAGGGCCUCCGGGGUGACGUGGGCGACCGGGGUCCUGGAGGCGCUGCAGGGCCUAAGGGAGACCAGGGCAUUGCAGGUUCUGACGGUCUUCCUGGGGAUAAAGGAGAACCGGGUCCUGGCGGCCUGGUCGGACCCAAAGGAGAGUCUGGCAGUCGAGGGGAGCUGGGCCCCAAAGGCAUCCAGGGUCCCAACGGCACCAGCGGUGUUGAGGGUGUCCCUGGCCCCCCUGGUCCUCUGGGCCUCCAGGGCAUCCAGGGUGUUCCUGGCAUCACGGGGAAGCCGGGCGUUCCGGGGAAGGAGGCCAGCGAGCAGCGCAUCAGGGAGCUGUGUGGGGGGCUGAUCGGCGAACAAAUUGCACAGUUAGCUGCGCACCUAAGGAAGCCUUUGGCACCGGGCUCCAUCGGCCGGCCCGGUCCAGCUGGCCCCCCUGGACCCCCGGGGCCUCCAGGCUCCAUUGGUCACCCUGGCGUUCGAGGACCCCCCGGAUACCGCGGUCCCACUGGGGAGCUGGGAGACCCCGGGCCCAGAGGAAACCAGGGUGACAGAGGUGACAAAGGCACGGCGGGAGCAGGACUGGACGGGCCUGACGGAGACCAGGGGCCCCAAGGACCCCAAGGCGUGCCCGGCAGCAGCAAGGACGGCCAGGACGGUGCUCCCGGUGAGCCUGGGCCUCCCGGGGAUCCGGGGCUUCCAGGCGCCGUCGGGGCCCAGGGGACUCCGGGGAUCUGUGACACCUCAGCCUGCCAAGGAGCCGUGAUGGGAGGGGUCGGGGAAAAAUCUGGCUCUAGAAGCUCAUAAAAUCCAUCGGAAGGAAGCCAGCAAGUGACAAGGACACCUGACAAAGCAGAGUGGCCACGAAGGAGCGGGCAGCGUGGCAGGCUGGCCACGUCCGGGAGAGCGGGCUGCCGCCCCAGGGCGUGCCUCAGCUAAUCCAUCUGUAAGCCCAGCGUUUGCAAGAAGGCAGGCUGUAUCUAUAGAAUGUUUUGUACAAUUCCGUGAGCUGAAACAUCUUCAGUAACUUGUUUACAUAGCAUUGUGUAAAGACUAUGAUCUCAUCCCAAUAAAACGAUACAUUCAAUCUUCAGAUUGACUGGCCACAGAGUAACAAAAAAUAAAGAAUUUAAUGUACAGUAAAUUCUCUCCCAUACAAAGAUCUAGUCUGAUGUUUGUGUGCAAACUCACGUCUCCAGUCACCCGGACCGAUCGCAGGUGACUCUGUGGUGCACUAGCGUCUAUUGGUAUUAUCUGUUGUCAUAAAUAAAGCCACUCAUUUAAAAACAA